AUUAUCCUCCUUUCUUCCAGAUUCCCCAAAACCCUAAUAAAAAAAACUCUCCAAUUUCUGAGCCUUCAUCUCUGCAGAUUGCAAAGCUUCGAAAACAAAAUUUCUCUAGAAUUCUUCAAGAGAGACACAGAGAGGAUGGUGUGGUUUCAGUGUGAGGACUGUGGAGAUAAUCUGAAGAAGCCGAAGCUUCCUGGUCACUUCAGGGUGUGCUCUGCAUUCAAGCUAUCUUGCAUUGAUUGUGGGGAAGUGUUUAGUCAGCAAACUGUGGAAAGUCACACCCAGUGCAUUUCUGAAGCGGAAAAGUAUGGUCCUAAGGGCCAAGGGAAAACUCCAAAUGGAAAAAAUGCUAAACCCAACAAUGAAACAAAACAGAAGCCUGAUGUUGAUAUAAAUGUCGGGUUAUCAGACCGCCCUCCAUGGUUUUGCAGUCUAUGCAAUACUAAGGCUACUAGUAAGCAAACCCUUCUUCUCCAUGCUGAUGGUAAGAAGCAUAGAGCAAAGGCACGGGCUUUCCAAGCAGCCAACCAGCAGCCUGGGAAGAAUGAAGCAACUAAUCCGGAUGCAACACAUUCAACAGAUAACAAUCCAAAAGAAGAUGCCCCCGAGGCAAAAGCUAAUGAAGAACCAAAGGAACUCAAUCCAUCUGAAGCAGAAAACGAAAAGUUACAAUCAAACAAAAAAAGAAAGGUUGAAGUAUCUGACAAUGGUGCUGUCGAACAAAGAGUUGGAGGUGAAACAUCAGUUGAUUUAGGUAAUGGUGAAGUAAUUCAGGUUGUGAGAGAAAACCAUGUUAAGAGAGCCAAAACCAUUCCAGGGGAAGAAGAUAUAGCGAGUGGCAAGAAGAUUAAGUGGAAGAAACUGAUCACCUCAGCUUUGAAAUCUAAUCCAGAUGGUACUCUGAAAUUUAAGAAACUUGAAAAGGCAGUUCUGAAGUCUUUAAGGGAAUCAGGCUUCACAGAUGAUGAGAGCCAAGUCAAGGAAGUACUAGAGAAGAAAAUAAAUAAAAGUUCUAGAUUUGCUGUUGAAGGCAAGCGUAUUCGACUUGUAGCUAAGAGUUGAAGCUAUGGCAUUUGUUCCCACAUUUCCCAGAGAAUUCUCAGAUGCUUAGACACAUCUAUCUGUUGAUCUCCAAUUUUGUGCCUGACUAUUUUCCAGUUUCCCCUUUGUAUUUGUUCAUCAGAAACUAGAGUGAGGGAUUUGUUAAUUGUUAUUGAAGAAACUAGAUAGUCACUGCUACUGCCAAAAAAAAGAUGAGGAAGAGACUGAUCAAUUUUUGGAAGAAAGUUUGUUGUUAUCCCGGCUAAUCAUUUCUUCAAAUUUAAUUAUUCAGCAUUUUAAAAAGAAUUUCAUGAGUUUCUAACAACUCAGUGAGACAGUGACUUGUUUAAUGGGAAUAUGUAGUCAUUGAAGUGGUGUUUAGUUGGAUAUUUUUAUACUUUAUUUUCAGGCUUAUUUUAA